CGUGUGGAGGCAGAGCUGAAGAGAAUGAAUACUUUGCUGGAAAAAGUGUUGAAAUGCGUGCAGCAUCGCCAUCAUCCAUCACAUAAGCCAGCUAUCCUCCCAAUAUCAUCUUUAACAGAAAUGGAUACAUUUGAAAGAAUCGACGAGGAAGGUUAUUCUGACGUCGUCAGUUAUUUCAGUUAUAUCGGCGGCUUCAAUUUGAAAGAAGCCAUAAAUCUGUGUUUUAAGGAAGCUAUAAAAGAUUCGUUAACACCUUCAUUCACUUGGUGGGGUCGCGAGGAAGGACGAUCCUUGUAUAAUGCUCGCCUCACUGUGGCUAUUUAUGAGGCUGUGUGUUCUAACCGGCAUUUCGAGAAACCGACUCGGUCGGAAUUUCAGUUACAAUUUCGGGAAGCUCUUCGGACGGCAAAAGAAAGAUUGAGGCACAGAAUGCGAGAUCGACGCACGCGGUCAGUCAAUUGCGAGAGAAGGAUUAACCGCAACUUAUGGAGCGAUGAACAGCCAGAAGAAGGUACGAAUACCGUUGAGCAAGAAACCACAAAUGAUGAGGAUUGAAAGCACUUUGCACUUUAUUUAUACAGGUUAGUUAAUAGAUAUUAUUAAAAUGAUAUCGGUUGUGUGUGUAUACGUCUUGUGUAUGUGUGUCCAUGUCCCGAUUGGACAGACUUGCCUAGGCCGCGUUUGGAAAAAUCACCCGUAUGCACCAUAGACUUAUAGAGAUAGACUGCGCGCUC